AUGUUGGAUUUAUCUAAAAGAGAAUUUACUAAACUUCCAGGAGAAAUAGAUGUAAAUAUUUUUGUUAUGAUUAAUUAAGACAUUUAUUAAAGAACCAGACUAUUAUAAUACAUUAACUGCAUGCAAUUGCAAAACACAACUACUUUUGAGUUUUAUGCAUUUCAAAAAGCUUUAAGCCUUAGAUUUAUCAAAUAAUGAAUUAGGAAGCUUUGUAAAGACAAACACAUUAUAGGGUUUAUUUUUAUUAAAAGUAUUGAUUUUAAAAAAAAAUGGUAUUACUUAAAUAAAUGAUUAAUUUUUUUCUACUGCAAAGAAUAUUGAGGUAUAAUUAUUUUUGAUGUGUUUUUUAUUUAGAUGUUAGAUCUUUCAGAAAAUAAAAUAAGUAAAUGUGGCAAAUCAUUUUUAGACUUACCUAAACUUAUUACGUAAACUAAACUUAUUAAUUUAGACUUAAUUUAAAUAAAAAUUAAAUUGAUGAUUUAAAUGCUUUUAAAAUUUUUAAAACUAAUCCUCUUUAAGAAUUACAAUAUCUUGGAAUUAGAUAAAAUAAUAUAGAAUCGUAUCCUAUAUAUUAUUUAUUAAUUUUAGAAAUUAUAGAUCAAAAUUUGAAACAACUUUAACAAUAUUCUUUCCAAAUUUAUAAUUUGUUUUAACAAUGUUCUCUCAAUAAAGAGAAUUAAAUGCUUUUCAUGAGAUUCUAUUUAUUGAUCAUUAUUUAGAUCAAGCAGAAGUACCAUUACAUCAAAAUUAAAUUGAAUGUUCUUUUCAUAAUGAUUCUUUAAUUGCUAAUUGUAUUGUUAGUUAAAAUUAAACUUCUGCUAAAAAAAGCAAAAGAUCAAUUAAUUCUUGUGAUUCAAGAUUUGGUUCAUUUAAAAAAAGAGAUCCAGAAACAUUAAAAAGAUAAAUUGAAUUUAGAAAAAAAGAAUUAGAAAAAUUAGAUUAAUCUAUUGAAUAAAUCACUAUUAAAAGGGAUGAAAUAAAAAUUUUAACUUAAAAAUAUUAAUACUUUUUAUAAGAUUGUAAAAUAAUUUAUAAAUUAAUAGCACUUUAAUUAUAGGAUAAUUCACUAUUAAUCACAGUUUUAUAAAGAUUAGGAGAAUAUUGUAAUUCAAUUGAUAGUUUAAAUUAAUAAAAAGGAAGGAACUUAGUAGUUGAACUAUUAAAUUCAAUGAAAUGCAAAGAUUCUCUAGAUAUAGAUUAAACUUUAUUGAAAAUGGAAGCUAUUAUGAAAAAGAUGUAAGAAUUAAUGAAUUGA